ACGGUGGAAAUGGCCUUCUUCCGGGGGUUUUCUGUUAUGAUGACGGCGGCGAUGGUGGUUCUCGGUGGUUGUUUCGGCGGAGGCCACGGUGGCGUCCUUGGUUCGCCGGAGGAAUUGGGCAUCUGUGCUUCUGCUGUUACCAUUCAUGGCUAUAUGUGCCAAGAAAUUCAGGUGACGACGAAAGAUGGAUAUAUUCUAAGCUUGCAGAGGAUCCCAGAAGGUCGCUAUGGAAGUGGCCGAGGUAUCAAGAAACCGCCCGUCAUCGUACAACAUGGUAUUCUUGUGGACGGGAUGUCAUGGCUUCUGAACUCGCCGGAGCAGAACCUACCAUUGAUUCUCGCCGAUAACGGCUUCGACGUUUGGAUUUCCAACACACGAGGGACUAAAUUCAGCCGCCGCCACACCGUCCUGAACCCCGCCGACCGGGAAUUCUGGAACUGGUCAUGGGACGAGCUCGCCGCCUAUGAACUCCCCGCCGUCUUCGACCAUGUUUCCCAACAAACUGGCCGGAAAAUCCACUACGUCGGCCAUUCUCUGGGGACGUUGAUAAUGCUAGCCUCGUUGUCGGAAGGGAGGCUGGUGAACCAGGUGCAAUCGGUGGGGCUUUUGAGCCCCAUCGCUUAUCUCAGCCAUAUGACCACCGCUGUCGGAGCCUUGGCCGCCCAAUCGCUCCUCGGCGAGAUUAUUGAGUCGUUGGGUAUUAUAGAAUUCAAUCCAAAAGGGAAAGCAGUGGAGAAAUUUGUCAAAUAUUUGUGUGCUUUUCCGGGAAUGAAUUGCUAUGACUUAUUACCUGCUAUUACUGGUGAUAAUUGUUGUCUCAAUUCAUCUACCGUUCGGCUCUUUCUCGAUAACGAACCGCAAUCAACGUCGACAAAGAACUUGGUCCACUUAGCUCAAAUUGUUAAGCAUGGAGUAUUGACGAAAUACAACUAUGACGGAAUAUACCUCAACUUGAAACACUAUGGAAAAAUCAAGCCGCCGAUGUACAACCUCUCCAACAUUCCCCAUGAUCUUGCCAUUUUCAUAAGCUAUGGCGGUCGAGAUGCCCUCUCUGACGUUGAAGACGUCAAUCAUCUCCUCGACCACUUCAAGUUUCACGACGUCGAUAAGCUCUACGUCCAGUUCAUCCAAAACUACGCCCAUGUAGAUUACGUCAUGGGCAUCAAUGCAAAUGAUAUGGUCUACAAACCUCUAAUUGCCUUCUUCAAGAAGAGAGUUCAUGUUAAUUUAUAUUGAUUUGAAUCCGAAAGAAUGACACAAAAA